UUUUCAGGCAAAAUCGGCAGAUAGGCGCGUUAAACAUAGCCGUCGGCAGAAAUGUUGCUGCGAUUGUCGGCUAUAGCAGUGAUGAGUGCACUGAUAGCUAUCACCACUGCUCAGUCACUUACCGAACUUGUUGGACUCGGACAUUUUAAUGAAAGCCAAAGAAAAUACUGUGAAUACAAAGCUGAUGAAAAACCAGAUUGCGAGACCUGUGUAGCCAAAGGAUCUGAAUGUUUUUAUUGUGGUGGAACUGUAGAUCGAUGUUUGCCCUAUGCUUGGUAUUUUCCCGGAUGUGAACUGAGUGACGUUAGGCAUAAUAAGUGCUGGGUAAACAUCUCAGCGGUGGUGAUCGUAAUUAGUGUGAUUGCUGGAAUUCUGCUGGUAAUCUUCACCUCCUGUCUAUGCUAUUGCUGCUGCCGAUGCCGUGCAUAUCGACAAGCACAAGCGAAGAAACAAGCAGAAAAAUUCAAUUUUCAGCAGGAGCUGAGACGAGCCGAGAUGCAGAACCGGCACUCACUUCGCACCAAACAACGGGAACAAGAAUUGGAAUCAUAUAGAAUCAAAUAUGGUUUACCCACCCGAAUGAGUCCAGACGGGAAUCCAAUCUAAGCAGCAUUGUGUGACAUCUAAUAACCAUUAAAUUGUAUACGUGUAAGCUUUUGUGUCUUUGCAUCCCUUCUUACUAGAAAAGCAUUAUUGAAUUUGUACUACAGCAUUCUUAGCGCCUCUCUCUUACGCCUUACUUUAUGAUUAUAAUUCAAAUAAUUCUUGUUCUUGGAAUAUAUGGUUACGGAAAUUAUUGAGAUGAUACAAAUAUAC